AUGUCAACAACUCGCAGUGACCUUGGGCUUUCGUGCCCGUCCAAGGGAAAGUUCUAUGUAUGCGAAAAUGCAAGCAUCCGCUUCAUCGGCUGUUGCACCGUUGACCCUUGUGCCGACGGCAGCGGACGGUGUCCCCAGAAUGAUUUAGCAGUGGCAAGCUUUUCAUCAGAUCACUACGAUAGUAUACCGGGACAAAGCUGCGCUCCGCCCAACAACUCCAGCAGCUGGUUUACUUGCAAGGGUUCGCAACCUUUUAUGGGAUGUUGCAGUAUAAAUCCGUGUCAAAAUGAUGGGUGCCCAACAUCAAACCUACUCGCAGCAACACUAAGUGACGAUGCAAACAACGCCGAGGUCUUCCUUGCUUCCUCGUCAUCUACGCCCAGUUCGAAUUCAAGUUCUGGCUACCAGCUGCCUCUAGGUGCAAUACUAGGUAUAUCUCUGGGGGGCGCGGCGGUGAUCGCAAUUCUUCUCGCGAUCUUAGCAUAUAGGUGUGGUUGGCUAGCAAGGAAUAGGAAACAUAACAAAGGCACCGAUGAAGAUAUAAAUCAUUACGGCGCUCAAGGACCCAAUUCCCCCGGUAUGUCUCAAUGGCAAAAUGGAAAUCACUCCGGCGCUCCAAGCCCAGGAUACCCAAGUCCUGGUUUCUCGACCUAUUCUCCCAACCAGUACCAGCAAAAUCCAUAUGUACCUCACUCGCCCCAACCGACGGAAUCCUGGCACGGAGAUGACAGACAUGUAUCUCAGAUAUCCGGAAUGAGCGGAUGGAACUCGAUAGCGGAGCACAAGCAUCAAUCCUACUCCCCGUUACUAGGACCGCCACCGACGGAACUCGAGGGUCGUGAUACGGAACGCCCCGUAGUAGCUGAACUCCCAACGUCUCCACCAGAAAAUUAUCGGUGA